AGCGCAACUUUAGCAAAGGAUCGUAGCGCAAGAGUAACGCGGUCUGUCUGAAGUUUUAGAAGCUAUAGCCUAAAGAUAUUAGCCGGUCUGCGAUUAUUAGUCGGCAUGAAUACAGUCAAGGCUAUGAAAAAUGCAAUUGUCUGUCUUAUUUUACUGCCUCGCUUCUUCUUGGCAGCGAUAAUGCUGUGGUUUCUCGAUUUUCAUUGCGUAAGAAAGAGGGUCUUCCCCAAAAUGAAGGAACAAGAAGGAAAUAUUGUCGACCCCCCAGUAUGUAUUUCCGAGUCUAAUCGAAUGUUCAGCUGGGAGUCAAUCAAAGCCGUUUGGCAUGGCCAUAAACUGGACUUCUUAAAAUCGGCGCACCUUGGAUAUGUAGCGCCCAACACUGAAGUUGUGCAGCUCCGCGACCAGAGAUGCAACCGGAUUCUUGACUAUGCCAAAGAGAAGAGACCGCUCAUUCUAAACUUUGGCAGCUGCACCUGACCACCGUUCAUGACACGCUUGAAGGCGUUCCAGCGUGUUGUGCAGCAAUACUCUGAUAUCUCAGACUCUGUCGUUGUGUACAUAGAGGAAGCGCACCCGUCGGACGGAUGGAUGAGCUCUGACGCUCCCUACCAAAUUCCCAAACACCGCUGUCUCGAGGACAGACUCAGUGCCGCUCAAAUAAUGAACCGUGAGGUCCCUGGGUGCCUUGUUGUCGCAGACAGCAUGGAUAACUCGUCCAACGCCGCAUAUGGAGCAUAUUUCGAUAGACUUUACAUACUUCAAGACGGAAAGAUUGUCUACCAAGGAGGUAGAGGGCCGGAGGGAUACCGCAUCUCUGAGCUGAGAGACUGGCUAGAUCAAUACAGACAAAGUGUUGGAAAUUCAAGAAAUGUCGUUAUUCAUGUCUAGAGUUUUAUAACAUUUUAGGCGUCACCAUUAAAUAAGUUCUGUCUCUACACAUUUCAUACACUGCAACUUUUCAAGAGUUGCGGCUCCAAUAACGUGUCACAUGGACACACAAGCAUUUUCACUUGUGUUGUUUACUAGUGAUGUAUGUGUAGGCCUAUCCCAAAGGUUGCAGAAUUGCCUGUUUUAGUUCUAGUUAUUAUUUUGACCGUCAACAUAUUACGUCUAUAGACGAUCGCCUGCAAGGGUUUAUUUGUUCUGUGUUCCCAUAUUUGUCAUGUUCUCUUUAUGCGAAUGUUUGUGUGGAAAGUGUGAGUAAAGUAGGGUUUGCCAUGACCAAUUUAUUGCCAGUAUUUUUGUGAAGUUCGGUUUUUAAAAGGUACCUCACCAGAAAACCGAUACUGAUGUUUUAAUGCUGAUGAUAAUGAUUGUGUGCAAUAUCUUUUUACUUGUAUUUUUGGUUUUGUAAAUAUGGUAAACUUUUUAUGGAGAUCCUUUUAUAAUAAAAUGUCUUAUUCUAUACUCUGGAAAAUAACAAUUUAAAACAUUUUGCUCAUUGUUGAAGGUGAAUUCAUUUAGGAUGAAAACCACCAACACUUGUCAAGGGCUGCGUGCCAUGUCUUACUGGACCUUUUAGAUUCUACUUAAUUUAGCAUGCUUUAUCUGCAUGGAAUAACUUUUAACUAAAGUCACAUUUAAAAUUAUGGUAAGGUCAUUACUGAGUAGAUAGCCUAUAGCCUCUGGCAACAGGCUUCCCCCCUUGUGCGCAAUAGACUGUGGAAAACGCGGUUACUGGGUAAACCACACAUUCCUUUGAUAAAAACAUUAAGAACACCUUCCUAAUAUUGAGUUGUUUUCCCCUCAGAACAGCUUCAAUUCGACGGGGCAUGGACUCUAGAAGGUGUCGAAAGCGUUCCACAGGGAUGCUGGCCCAUGUUGACUCGAAUGCAUUCCACAGUUGUCAAGUAAGUUGGUUGUCCUUUGGGUGGUGGACACGGGAAACACACGGGAAACUGUUGAGCGUUAAAAACCAAGCAGCCUUGCAGCUCUUGACACAAACCGGUGCGCCUGGCACGUACUACCAUACCCUGUUCAAAAGCACGUCAAUCUUUUGUCUUUUC